GCCUUUCGUUAAUUGAGAAGUUACCCAUGCUUUACUUAUAACUGCUUACGUUGCUCUUUUAAGUUGUGCUGGUCGUGGGUUUAAAGUCCAGUUUAGAACACUUAACAAACAACUGAUCAAAUGGUGAAACUUCUCUUCACGCACGCAGCAAAAAAACAAGGAAGCCAUGGAAAUUCCAGUAUUCACUGUAGAUGCAUUCACCAACCAAGUUUUCAAAGGGAACCCCGCAGCAGUCUGUCUUUUACAAAAUGAAUUACAGGAUCAGGUGUACCAGAAAAUUGCAGCGGAGAUGAACCUUUCCGAGACUGCUUUUAUUUCCAGACUGAAUGUUACAGAUGACUUCGCCACCGCGGCUCGUUUUCGCCUGAGAUGGUUCACCCCAAAAAAUGAAGUCGUCUUGUGCGGGCACGGCACCAUCGCCUCGGCGGCCGUGCUUUUUUACCAUAAAAAAAACCAUAACGCAGUCCUGACUUUUGAGACGCUUAGUGGGGAAUUACACGUCAAAAUGGACGGGGACGCCCUAGUGAUGGACUUUCCCCUAAACAAGCCGACUAUGCAGGACCCAAAUGAAGUUAAAGAUCUUAUUAAAGCUGCAGUUGGAGAACUGCCUGUGCAGGAAGUGCGGUACUGCAGGGCCAUCAGCGAGCUGCUCAUAUGCCUCAGUGACUCAUGUGACAGGGCAGCCUUGAUGUCCCUGCAGCCAGACCCUGCCAGCCUCCUGCAUGCAGAGCCCACCGGGAAGGUGAAGUCACUCAUCGUCACCCUGAAGGGUGAUCCAGUUGCUCAGCCAGCCUAUGACUUUUUCUCAAGGAAUUUUGCUCCCUGGCAAGGAAUUCCUGAGGAUCCUGUAACUGGGUCAUCACACACUGUGUUAGCCAGCUACUGGUCAGAGAAAUUGGGAAAGCAAAGGAUGCUGGCCUACCAAUGCUCCAGUCGAGGGGGGGAGCUUCACCUGCACAUAAAAGACAACAACAGAGUGGACAUUGCUGGCCGUGCAGUUACAGUCCUGAAGGGGGUACUCACACUCUGAACACUUCAGACAGUUCCCGGAUGCUGUCCAACAUUUCCCUCAUACAAAACUCAGAACUGAUCUUGAGAUUUAGGCUGAAAGGAAACUAGCUAGAAAAUGCUAAUAAUCUAAAUACUAUUAAAUUUACUAUAAAUAAUUUAUAGUAAAGAUACCCAGACAUUACUUGGAGAGAAUUUAUUUUUCAUAGCAAAAAUCAUUCAUAUCAUAGCAAAAAAACUUAGCUUGAAAACAGAGUUGGAAUGUGUAUUUCUUUGUUUCACAUUUUCAAAUAAAAACCAUUGCAAAUCCA